GCAAUGUCCACCUCCACCAAGACCAGCAAGCCCAAGGGCAAGACGCAGCGUAGCGCCAUUGCCGACGUCGUAGCACGCGAGUACACGAUCCACCUACACAAGCGGGUACGUUUAGUUUGGUGAAGUCCAGAAAUGGCGAACGCGGCACCAUGUGCUCGUUGGCAUUGGGCGGAAGACUGAACGGUAUCAUACAGGUUCACGGCGUAAGCUUCAAGAAAAGAGCGCCUCGUGCGAUCAAAGAGAUCCGGGAGUUUGCUACUCAAGCUAUGGGUACCAAGGACGUCCGCCUUGACCCCCUGCUCAACAAGAAGGUGUGGGAAUCCGGUGUCAAGGGUGUCCCUUUCAGACUGCGCGUGCGCAUCUCGCGGAAGCGUAACGACGAGGAGGGUGCCAAGGAGAAGCUCUACAGUUACGUCCAAGCCGUGAACGUCAAGAACCCCAAGGGCCUACACACCGUCGUCGUCGAGGAUUCGUAGAGGAACUACGCUCGAGGAAGAAUGCUAAAGACAUAUCUUGACUGG